GACUUCCUUGGACAACACUGUACGUGGCUUCGCAGCUGAGGACUGGGAGUGUUUACCGGGAUGCACUCGUUUGAGACAGAGACAGUGUGAGGGUUGUUGACAGCGUUUGGACGUCGAAUACAUGUUGUGUCUUCCUCACGUAUGUUUUGAUAACGAACGGCAGCGGGUCUCGCGGGAGCUUCUUAUUGGCUGUAGCUGGUGUGACGGCGGCUGAGGACGCCUGACGGGCUGCUAACGUCAGUGCAGGAGCUGCUGAGGUGGAAGGCUUCCCCCUGCUGAACGUCCAGCCUGCCGGUGUGACAUGGCGGAGAGCGGGUCGUCGGUUGAAUUCUCCGGCUCUCUGACUCUCCCGCCGCCGAGGACCCGCAUCUUCAAAAUCAUCGUGAUCGGGGACUCGGGUGUCGGGAAGACCUGCCUCACCUACCGCUUCUGUGCCGGGAAGUUCCCCGAUAAGACCGAGGCCACGAUCGGGGUGGACUUCAGGGAGAGGCUGGUCGAGAUUGACGGGGAGAAAAUCAAGAUCCAGCUGUGGGACACUGCAGGUCAGGAGCGCUUCAGGAAGUCCAUGGUGCAGCACUACUACCGCAACGUGCACGCUGUCGUCUUCGUCUACGACGUCACCAACGCUGCCAGCUUCCGCAGCCUCCCAGCCUGGAUAGAGGAGUGCAAGCAGCAUGCAUUGGGUACAGAGGUACCCAGGAUUCUAGUCGGAAACAAGUGCGACCUCCAAGACUCCAUCCAGGUGGGCACAGACGUGGCGCAACAGUUUGCCGACGCCCAUUCCAUGCCUGUGUUUGAGACGUCCGCAAAGAACCCAAACAGCCAGGACGGAAACUAUGGUGGAGGGAACAGUGACCACGUUGAGGCUAUUUUUAUGACGGUGGCCCACAAGCUGAAGUCUCAGAAGCCUCUGGUAUUGAGCCAGCCACCCGAGGGAUCAGGGGGUACCAUCAACCUGAGCAGGGUGAGGGAUGAUGGGGGAGAUGGGUCCAGGAGCUGGAGCUGCAGCAGCUGCUGAGGGAGGAAGAUGGAGGGAAAGAGGGAGACAACUUCAGCCUGAGGCUGCACAAAGAGAUUGAAGACGGAAGGAGCAGAGGAAAGAGGCUGAGAGAGAGAACGGUUCUAGCUAAAUGGCUUCAUAAUCAGCACAACACAUAGAUGAAUGUCUCAAAAGGACACUUUUUUUUUAAUGCUUGUGCUUAACUUUAUAAAUGACUUUAAAUGGUCGUGGGGUACAAUUUACAGAUUACAGAUUGUUGUUGUUGUUGUUGUUGUUUAGGGAUGCCAAAAUCAAGUUGGAAAUGAUCCUGAGUGAGGGGCCAAAACCGAGUCUCACUCAAUGAUUUAAGCUCCGAGCUUGCGCCACUGAAAUGCUCUUAUCAUCAUGUAUUCUGUGGCAACAGAAAACAUGUAUGCAGAGUGGCAUUAAUAAAUAAGGGAUUUGCGAUAUACAUUUCUUUAUUUACAGUUUUACCAUGGCCUGAUGGGAGGGUAGGACUUAUACAGGGGGGAAACAGAACGUGUUAAAAUACAGCCUCUGCCAUUUUGUUUGUAAUUUUAGGCCAUAAUCUGUGACAGUGUAGUAUAGACGGUAUUAUAUUGAAAGGUGUUUGUGUUAUUUUAACUGCCUCUUUUUUGUCAUUUGUGUUUGCGUUCAUCUGCGAUGCUCACUUUGGUUUAAGCUCAGCCGUUUCCUUAAAGGUGCCCUGUGGAGUUCCCUUGUAAACAAACAAUAAUGUGUUUCCUCUUCAUGAAAUCAGCAUCAUUAAAGGGGCUGUACGAUAUAUUUAACACUAACAUUAUUUAACACUUCAGCCAUCAAAGUCAAGACACCAUGCAAUGUUAGUGUUAAUGUCUGGUAAUGGAAUUGGUUGUCCCAAUAAUCGAUAUUUUUAUAAUAACAGUGGACGGUGUGAGAGGAGGCGCAUAUUGUGAUGAACCUAUAAAGAGUUAACACUGCAAUCUACAGCUCCCCUCAGCUUAACUGAGCUUUACAGUGAGCUUUAGUUUAAAAGUACUCUCUCGGCGGUAGGAGGCCAUUUUUUGUGAAGCGGGAAAAAAGAUUCUGUAAGUCAUUAUAAUGAGAAACUUUCUCAAUAUUUUGAUUUGGUAUCUGAAAAUAAUGACUUUGUGAUGAAGUCAUUAUUUAGAGAUUCUAAGUCAGUAUUUUAAGGGAGUUUCUUGUUAGUGGAAAUGGGCUUCCGUAGAAGGCAGCUGUUUUCUGGGAAAAAGCUUUAAAACCCCGCUGUACACUACCUGCUCAGCACCAGACAGUUGACAGUCAGUUAUGAGACAGAAUGCGAUGGUUGAAUGAACUGUAUGGGCAGUUCUCCUAGCCGUCAGUAACAGUUGUGAACAAUGUGAGGAGGGAGUAAAAAAGUAGACCCCUGCUGGCUAAUGCUUGUUGAGCUCAGUUUGUUAGCAUGCAGCAGCGGAGCUAACACUCUGCAUAAUGGCGGCGUGAUGUUUAAGGACCAGUGUGUACAGCGGCAUCUAGCAGCGAAACUUUUUCUAAGCUAAUAAGAACACAACAAUGCUUCCUUUCAGCUGAUUACACACUAAUAAAACAUACCUAUGAAUAUUAUAUUCCAGUUCUGCCAGUAGAUCCUCCUCAAUGUUACACACUGGACCUUUAACAUCUCAAGGUGAAUCUUUAAAAACACAUCUUUUGGGGAAUGUAACAGGAAUGGUCGGUUCAUUUAACGAUAAAGGACACAAAGGGAACCUGUAAGGACAGUCUCUGUUAGCCGUUCCCUUCUCUUGGUGAACAAGAGUUUAGUACUGUGUAGGAUAGCCAGUGAAUCAAACACAUACCUCUCAGUGUGUAAGGCUUAGUAGUGUCCACCUCUACAUGUACAUGGAUGCCUAAACCCACUACUUAUCCCGUAUGUAAGCUUGUGCUACAAUAUUCAGCAUGUCUCUCAAACACCAUUGUAUGAUAACUGCUGACGUUAACUUCUUCAUAUGCCAUAAUGCAUCAGACUGCAGCGUUGUGUCUUAGUGGUUAGGGACGUUUGUCGUGGCCACAGCUGGUCCUGUGGCUCCUCUGCCGAUGGCCCCCGUGUUAAUGUCUUCUUCAAGGAUGUGGACUGUCAAUCAGACCAAAAGGCCUUCUCUCAGGACUCUGUUCAGAGGCUAUGCACACGGACGGAAAAGACUUUCUAAGCACAGACGCGGGCUGUUAUCUGCAGCUGUGCGGCUUGUCAGUAAUGUGACAUCAUGUGGGUGUUUUAUUGUUUUACAUUUGGUUGCUGCUUUCUUCUUCAAGUGUCCUUUGUUUUUGAUAAAUACCCCCCCCCCCCCAACCAUCCGCCUUCACACCGGGUCCUGCUAUAAUUUCCUUUGCCUUACUUUAUUUCACUACAGCCAUGAACAGGAAAUAUUGCUACUGUAUCUCUCACUGCAAAUGCCCAGAAAGAAAAACAUCCAAUUACAGAUCGGUAUUAAUUCACAAAGUGGCUGGUGAAUGAACCUGCUGGAGUAGUUGCAAUGGUUUUGUCAUGUGUAACCUUGCAAUAAACUACCUUGGACAUUUCAAAA